CAGGUAGUAAAAGUUGGAGCCAAAACCUGCUGGAAACUUUUACACAGAAAACAAUAAAACAGGAAACAAGAGCUGAUCACAAACAUUGGUGAAAGGAAGGGAUGAAGACGAAGUAGUAGUAAAGGAGAAAGAGGUAGUUAAAGUUGGAGCCAAAACCUGCUGGAAACGUUUACACGGAAAACACUAAAAGGGCAAACAAGAGCUGAUCACAAACAUUGGUGAAAGGAAUGGAAGAGGACGAGGUAGCAGUGAAGGAGAACGAGGUUUAAAUUACACAGUGCAACAGAGAAUCGUUCUCUUUGCUCUCACUUUAAUGUGGUACUCAAUCAUUUUGAUAGCAAAUGUUGUUCUCAUUAUAACCAUCAUUGUGGACCGAAAACUUCAUGAGCCUAUGUAUAUCUUCCUGUGUAAUCUGUGUCUUAAUGGACUUUAUGGGACAGCAGGAUUUUACCCCAAAUUCCUCAUGGAUCUUCUGUCUCCCUCUCAUGUCAUCUCUUAUGCUGGAUGCUUUCUGCAGAGUUUUGUGAUACACUCAUCAUCUGGAAGUGACUUAUCAAUUCUAGCUGUUAUGGCCUAUGACAGAUAUGUGGCUUUAUGUCGCCCUCUAAUGUACCACUCUGUUAUGACUACACAAAACAUAUCGCUGUUAGUGGCCUUCUCUUGGCUCUUACCUCUUUAUUGCAUGUUCACUAACACAAUGACAAUUUUUCAAUCAAAGUUGUGUGGCUCACACAUACCUAAACUUUACUGUUCAAACUCACUAAUUGGUAAACUAGCUUGCUCUACCUCUAUAGCAAAUAUUACUAUUGCAUAUUUCAACAUUGCUAUUUAUUUAGGCCAUUUAUUCUGUCUUAUAAGUUCUUAUAUGUAUCUGGUCAGAAUAUGCCUAACAUCCACUCAGGGCAGGAAGAAGUUUAUGCAAACAUGUGUGCCACAUUUAAUCUCUUUAUUCAAUUUUGGCUUUGCCGUGCUGUUUGAUUUAAUGUACACACGUUUUGGUUCAAGCAUAGUAUCGCAGAGCCUUCAGAACUUCAUGGCCAUAGAAUUUCUUUUAAUUCCUCCAGUUAUUAAUCCUCUGGUAUAUGGGUUCAAAUUGACCAAAAUUCGAAACAGAAUUUUUGGUUUUAUUUACAAACAGAAAGUGUCUAGCCAGUAGUCCGGGUAAUUGACGUGUUCCUCCUCUCAACUCAUCCAUGCUUGAACAAGUGUUUUUUUUUCUAAGACAUUUUCAAAUGAAUUCAGAAUGUUUAUGUGGGAUAAAACAAGGCGUAAUAACCACAGUUUUCAUGUCUGAUUUGACUGUAUCUUUGAGCUAUGUAUAUACAUGACAUACAUGUCAUGAUGGCUAGUACUCAAUUAUCAAAAUGUAUUUCUUUUUUGUGUCCCGAUUUUUUCAAAUUAAUUAUUUCAAAGGGGUCUACCUGUGUAACUUCAUUGCAGGUACAACAUAUGUGUUUUAAUCUUCUUAUCCCAUUAGCUGCAGAUUGACAUAACGUCUAAUACUUCAACAUAUUGAAAUUAAAACUGUAUUGUAA